UGCACCCUGUUGACUGUAACUCCCACAAGCCCACCACACUAACACAGUACUGCUCCCUGCCACGAAUCAGGAAGGCGGUAACGUGUUUUCUUGGAGAAGCCACAUGUAGAUUGAGCAGGGAGCUCUCUCCCACACGCCCUGAGCUCCACAGACAGCCCUUGGGACCCUGCUUUCACCCGAGGUGCAUUGUUCGUGUUCAAUGCCUCCAAUUUGUGUUCUGUUCUUACCGAAUUGAACUGCUCCCUCUCUCUUCUGGACUCCCGAUCCCAUCUGCUGCACAAGUUACUCCCCAUCCUAUCACCAUACUACCAAGCAUGAACGUCCAGUACAACUCGGCCCUGCGCCAGAGCAAGGCCAUUCGCAACGAUCUCGAGAAGCUGUCGUCGUCCGCGGCGCAACCGGCCGCUCUGACCCCCGCCGAAAUCGGCAACGUGUCUGCCUCCCUCGCAUCCUUCUCUAAGACGGUCGACGAAUACAACAACCUGGCCCGCCAGGAGCUCGUACAGAAGAAGCAGGAAGAAGCCCUCGAGCGUGUCAAGAGGUUCCGCGACGACUUGUCCGACUUCAAGUCCCAGGUCGACUCCCUUAAGAAGGCCCGCGAAGAUGCCGUCCAUCACAACAACCGCGGCGAGCUGCUGGGCCGCCGCGCCUACGUCACGGCGACGCCUGAGAACCCCUAUGCCAACAUCAACAAGUCUUCAUCCGCAUUCCACAGCCGAGGGGCCUCGACGGGCCAGGCAGCGAAUGGGCUAGGCAUGGGCGGCAACGACGUCACGAGGGAGCAGCACGCCUUGCGCGAGCAGAAUUUCUUCGACCACACGAACUCGGCGCUGGACGAGUACAUCGCUAGGGGGCAAGCCGUGCUGGGCGACCUGGGCACGCAGCGCGAGAUGCUCAAGAACACCCAGAAGAGGCUAUACUCGGUCGGCAACACGCUGGGCAUCUCGGGCGACACCAUCCGUAUGAUCGAGCGCCGCGCCAAGGAGGACAAGUGGAUAUUCUGGGCCGGUGUCAUCAUCUUCUUCCUCUUCUGCUGGGCCUGCAUACACUUCUUGCGGUAAACCAGCACAGCGGUUGCCUUAUGUCGGCUAGGGGCCUUUUGUAGCUUGUUAGGCUGCUUGAUGAUAACGAAAAGUUGGGAAAACAUUUCAAGGGCAUGGCGUUCUUUUUUUCUGUUUUUUUUUUCUUUUCUGGGGGAGGGAGUCGGCGCCUGCAGUCCUGCAUGCAAACCAUGCAUUUCUUCUCGAGCAUCAGUGGUGGUUGGUUGCCAUGUACAACAAGCGACAGUCGAGUUUGGUCUAUUCAAUGCCCGCAAGGGCAAUGGUGAAAAGCACCGUGUUCGUCGUCGCGAUCUCGACCACCGUUGUCUCGGGCAGCACGUGGUUGCUGGUGCUGAUGUGGCCCCCAAACUUGGUUUCCCAGUCCUCGACGUCCCACUCGAGGCCCUUGGUGGUGAUAUAGCUGGUCCCGCCAAUGGGGAUGAUCCCGACAUGUUUGCCAAAGACGUCGUCGCCGCCCUCGCGCACCCAGAUGCUGUGGUGGCCGGGCUUGAGGAGGAAUGUCAGGCUCUGGCCUGAGACGAGAUACAGCUUGCCUUGGGCGUAGUCUGUCCCCGGCUGGAAGAGGUAGAGGUGGUGCACUUGGCUGAGCCCCUGGUCGACGCGGCCACCUAGCCCCCCGAGAGCCACGAUGUCGAUCGUCGGCUCAUGGUUUGAGCGGAUCCACGAGACGGCCUUGCCAAAGUCUGUGGAGUACUGGUCGGGGUCAUGGAUGACCUGGGCAGGCUUCUCCAGGCUCGUGAAGUAGUCCCUGACGGACGGGAGCAAGGAAUCCAAGUCGCCGAUGAUGACGUCGAGGUUAGUCUGCGGCGGCGACGAUUAGAAGAAGCUGGCAGUCAAGCUGGAGAUAGGUUAAGACGCACAAACGGUGAAUGAGAGCGGGCUUCCGCUGCCUUGCUCAGAUCGUGCAGUCUGUUAGCACCGCCAUCCGCAGCGACUCGUGUGAGAGCUAGAAGGGUGGAUCAGCAAAGGAGGUGUCAAAAUCUAAGUUCAAGCGCCAUACCAUUGUUCCAUAGCGAGUCAAAGACGGGGGUAUGCUUUACGGGCUGGUUGAGCACGAUGAGUGUGAAGUCGGCAGGACCAGGAUAUUCUGGCCUUCUCUCCCGAAGAAGGGCUACAGGGUGCCACUCAAAGCGUGGCGGCGACAUCUCGAGGCUGCUCCCGGCGUGAAGCUGCGUUGGAGAUACAGAGAUACUAACCACAACACAAAAGUAUAAAUGAAUGCAGACGGGAUAGAUACAGGGCCAAUAUCUUGUGUUUGUAAAUAUGGUCAACCAGAUCCAAUGGAACAGAUGCGUCAGAUGUUGCUGUGGACUCGGGUGUAUGGUUCAAAUCUCGCAAACGAACCUGCAGAUAGCAUGCCGCAUGUAUCACCAACGUUUGCCUCUCUUGCCCAUGAUGCGUCGGUGUCAUCAGGCCAAAACUGGAAUAUCUCGCAGAAGUG